AUGGUAUCAGCUGAAGAAGCCAAGUCCGUUCUCAAACCACUUUUUGAUGCUUGCCUAAAAAGUCGGGAUGAGCACGACUUUGAGACGGCCGUUGCACACUUCGAUCCCAAUGCUGUAUUCGUGCAAAAGGGAAAGAGGAUAAUUUUUGGAAGAGAACGUAAGAGAGUUAAAGUAGUAAUCAUGUUUGCCAUUUUUGUUUCAGAACUGAAAAAAGAGCAUACCGCUUUCAAAGAAAUAACUGGUAAAAGAGAUGAAAAGAUUACCAAUGAACAAUAUGCAUUGAGCGGAGAUUUUGGAGUAGUCAGCGCCGACUAUGAGAUAAAAACGGAAAAAAUCGGAGAGCUCAAAGGAAGUUUCAUGCAGAUCUGGCGCAAAUCCGAAGGAAAGUGGCUGGUCCUACACGAAGAAUUUUCGAUGGAUUUGGAAUUUUGA